AUGCCGAACCUUUUCCCAGGACAGCACACGCUUGGUCUUGCCUUCGGAGGCGCUUCACCUUUUUCUCGGAAAGCUGAUGAAGCGCCAUUGAAUCAGCGUUCGAAAUGGCAGGCUAACCAUGAAAAUUAUCCCAUCUGGAGUGCAGCCGAUGAUGCGAAGAACAAAGCUGCAAAGCUUAGCGACGCUGCCGUCGCCGAGUUUGAGAAAGCAAGCAGCAAAGCUCAGGCCAAAACGGGCGGGAUUGAGCUCUACUCCGCAAAAUACUAUGCCGCUUGCACAUUUGGUGGCAUGCUUGCAUGCGGUCUCACUCACACUGCCGUGACACCUCUGGACCUCGUGAAGUGUCGUCGACAGGUGGACUCCAAGAUGUAUAAAGGCAAUUUCGAAGCUUGGGGCAAGAUUGGCCGUGCAGAGGGCAUCCGGGGAGUGUUCACAGGAUGGGGACCCACAUUCUGGGGCUACUCAGUUCAAGGAGCGUUCAAGUACGGCGGAUAUGAGUUUUUCAAGAAGUUCUAUGCGGACUUGCUCGGCGAGGACAACUUCCACAAGUUCAAGACCGGAGUCUAUCUCUCGGCUUCGGCUUCCGCCGAACUCAUUGCUGACGUUGGUCUCUGCCCCUUUGAAGCUGUGAAGGUUCGGAUGCAGACCACGAUCCCGCCGUUCGCGCGUACGACACUGGGAGGUAUCAACUACAUUGUCGGCAAGGAAAGUUUUGGCGGACUCUACAAAGGUCUCUACCCGCUAUGGGGUAGGCAAAUUCCAUACACGAUGAUGAAGUUUGCUUCUUUCGAAAAAACCGUCGAGUUGAUCUACGGCUAUCUCCCCGGAUCGAAGAGCGACUACGGAAAGGGCGCUCAGACAGCGGUCUCGUUCGCCGGUGGAUACAUUGCCGGUAUUCUCUGCGCCAUCGUCAGCCACCCUGCUGAUGUCAUGGUGUCCAAGCUCAACGCGGACCGCCAACCUGGCGAGGCGUUUGGUGCGGCCUUGAAGCGUAUCUAUGGACACAUUGGAUUUGGCGGGCUGUGGAACGGCCUUCCCGUCCGUAUUGUCAUGAUUGGUACUUUGACCGGAUUGCAGUGGAUGAUCUACGAUUACUUCAAGAUUUUCAUGGGACUUCCCACCACGGGAGGUGCUACGCAAGACAAGCAGAAGUCAUAA